CCGUUUCUCGCAUAAUUUUACGGGAAGCACGAUAAAAAUGCCAAGUGCGUCGUUCACAUCGUCGCGCAACUACGUGCGAAGAUCCCGAAGGAAAGGUGCAAACAGAAUUCCUCUGCCUUCGAGAACCACCUCGGCCGAGCCAUGCGAUUUGCCAUGUUCAGCAUCAAAUCAGAUACCUCCUGGUGGAGGAGUUGGUGGAGGAGGAGGAGGAGGAGGUGGUGGUGGAGCUGGGGGUGGAAGUGGUGGAAGAGGAUCAUCACCCAGCGUUUCUGGAGUUGCAGCACCUUCACCUUCCCCGUCGCAUUCUCACUCAUCUCCAUAUGACUUAAGGCGUAAAAGUCCACCUCAUCCGGACCCUGCUCCUGGUACUAGCUCUGCAUUACCUCCUUCAGGUGGCAGUAGUAUAGGAGCUACUCUUGGUUCUUCCGCUUUGCCUGCAAGAAAACGACCUAGACGAACUUGUUCAUUAUCCACAGAUGGUACAAACACAAAUACAGCGGCACAUUACCUUCAGUAUGAGUUACCAGAUGAAGUGCUGCUUACUAUAUUUAAUUAUCUAAUGGAACAGGAUUUAUGUAGAGUUUCCCAAGUUUGCAAACGUUUUCAGACUAUCGCGAACGAUACGGAGCUGUGGAAAUCUCUGUAUCAGCAAGUCUAUGAGUAUGACCUACCAUUAUUUAAUCCUGCACCUUGUAAAUUUGAAUUUGUAUCCCCGGAUGAGUCAGAUUAUCCGAAUCCAUGGAAAGAAAGCUUUAGACAAUUAUACAGAGGAGUGCAUGUCAGGCCAGGAUUUCAGGAUUUGAAGUUUAAAGGUCGAAAUUUGCCAUACUUUAAUACAGUUCAGGGAGCAUUAGAUUAUGUAGACGAAUAUAGAAGCAAUAGCAGCCCUUCAUCAAAUAGCACGACUACAAGUGGUCAAGGAAACUGUUGUGGGAACAAUUCCCAGACAGCGGAAGAAGCACCUCAACAUUUAGUUUUCUUACAUGCUGGAAUAUACAGAGGCGAAUUUCUUGUAAUUGACAGCGACGUUGCAUUAAUCGGAGCAGCACCUGGAAACGUGGCAGAAUCUGUUAUAUUAGAACGAGAAAGUGAAUCUACAGUUAUGUUUGUAGAAGGAGCGAAACGAGCUUAUGCUGGUCAUCUCACGUUAAAAUUUACCCCGGACGUUACUAGCACAGUGCCGCAUCACAAACAUUAUUGUUUAGAAGUUGGCGAAAACUGCAGUCCCACGGUUGAUCACUGUAUCAUCAGAAGUUCGAGUGUUGUUGGCGCAGCUGUUUGCGUAUCGGGCGUAGGAGCAAAUCCUGUGGUGAAAAAUUGUGACAUAUCAGAUUGUGAAAACGUUGGGCUCUAUGUCACCGAUUAUGCACAAGGAACUUACGAAGACAAUGAGAUUUCCAGAAACGCGUUAGCAGGAAUUUGGGUGAAGAACUAUGCAAAUCCAAUCAUGCGAAGAAAUCAUAUUCAUCAUGGUCGAGAUGUUGGGAUUUUUACGUUUGAUAAUGGCCUCGGAUAUUUCGAGGCCAACGAUAUUCAUAAUAAUCGAAUAGCGGGCUUCGAGGUAAAAGCUGGUGCUAAUCCAACUGUUGUCCAUUGUGAAAUACAUCAUGGCCAAACAGGCGGAAUUUAUGUCCAUGAAAAUGGUUUGGGACAAUUCAUCGAUAACAAAAUUCACUCGAAUAAUUUCGCCGGUGUUUGGAUUACCUCCAAUUCAAAUCCCACUAUUCGUAGAAAUGAAAUUUAUAAUGGACAUCAAGGAGGGGUAUAUAUAUUUGGAGAGGGGAGAGGCUUAAUUGAACACAAUAAUAUUUAUGGUAACGCCUUAGCUGGUAUACAGAUCAGAACAAAUUCGGAUCCUAUUGUUAGACAUAAUAAAAUACAUCAUGGUCAACAUGGUGGUAUAUACGUGCACGAAAAGGGACAAGGUUUAAUUGAAGAGAACGAAGUAUAUGCAAAUACACUAGCAGGUGUUUGGAUAACAACAGGAUCAACGCCGGUAUUAAGAAGAAAUCGUAUUCAUAGUGGAAAACAAGUUGGAGUUUAUUUUUACGAUAAUGGACAUGGGAAACUAGAAGACAAUGAUAUUUUCAAUCAUUUGUAUUCAGGAGUACAAAUAAGGACUGGAAGUAAUCCAGUAAUACGAGGGAAUAAAAUAUGGGGUGGACAAAACGGUGGCGUUCUUGUGUAUAAUAGCGGAUUAGGCUUACUCGAACAAAAUGAAAUUUUUGACAAUGCAAUGGCAGGAGUUUGGAUUAAAACCGAUAGUAAUCCUACGUUAAAAAGAAACAAAAUAUUCGACGGGCGAGAUGGUGGAAUUUGUAUAUUUAACGGCGGCAAAGGUAUUCUCGAGGAGAAUGAUAUAUUUCGUAACGCUCAAGCAGGUGUGCUUAUUUCUACACAGUCACAUCCUGUCUUGAGGAGAAACCGAAUUUUUGAUGGAUUAGCAGCUGGCGUUGAAAUAACAAACAAUGCCACAGCUACGUUGGAAUUUAAUCAAAUUUUCAACAACAGAUUCGGUGGUCUAUGUUUAGCAAGUGGAGUACAACCAACAACUAGAGGCAAUAAAAUAUUUAAUAAUCAAGACGCGGUUGAAAAAGCAGUCGGGAACGGUCAAUGUUUGUACAAAAUUUCGUCAUACACAUCGUUCCCUAUGCACGAUUUCUAUCGUUGCCAAACAUGCAAUACAACAGAUCGCAAUGCAAUUUGCGUGAACUGCAUAAAAACCUGUCAUGCUGGACACGAUGUAGAAUUUAUUAGACACGAUCGAUUCUUUUGUGACUGCGGUGCUGGAACAUUGAGUAAUCAGUGUCAACUUCAAGGUGAACCUACUCAAGAUACAGACACAUUAUAUGAUAGUGCAGCACCAAUGGAGUCACAUACACUUAUGGUCAACUAGGAAUUAACGUAAACUAAAUAAAAGAAUCAGUCGACACUGAAUCUGUAAGUCCAACAUAUUGCAAAGAAGUAAUUUGUUGCAGAGUUCUUUAUUAUGACACGUGUUCCUUUGUGUCCCUCGUUGUGAUUGUUAUUUUGUAAAGCUACCGUUAUUGUUAACAUGUAUUACAAUUAAUAAUUUCAUCGUCGUUGUCGUUAGUCAAUUCAUUUUCAUCAACAUCGCGGUGAAUAAAAUUAUCACGUCAUUAUUUCAUUAUUUUGUAAGAUUAACCGUGCGAAUCACUCGAGACUAAAAGCUGAAAUAUUUUCGAUACGAUUAAUUAUAUAAAAAAAAAAAAAAAAAAAUGAUUUAGACGAAAAGUUGAAUAGUUUCGAAAUGAGUAUUAAACAUAAAGAAAAAAACAAGCUGAAUCUUUAAAUGCCUUUCAUGCUAAAAAAUGAUAAUUAUAUGAGUUAAUGAUCCUCUCGAAAUCGUUAAAUCAUUUUUUGCCCGAAAAAUGUCUUAAUAUGAUUAAUCAUUUUAAAAAUAUUUCAGCCUCUAGUCUUGGGCGAUUUACCCGUUACUCGUGUAAAAUAAAAAUAAAUUCUAGAACAGUGCUAUCAUCAUCGUUUUCAUCUUCAUCGUCGUUGUUAUUAUCAUUAUCAUUGUCAUCGUCAUCGUCAUCGUCAUCGUCAUCGUCAUCGUCAUUAUUAUCGAGGGAUAGUAUAUUUUUUAUUAGAAAAAAAAAAAGAACUCGUACUCUCUGUUCCAAUGUAUAUCUUACUAUAAACAGAUAUAUGUCAGUAAAUAUAUUCGUGCUUGAACAGAGAUAAAGGAACAAUUUUCAUUUGAUAUAACACAAGUUUCAUUGAAAGCGACGACAAUUUCGAUCAGAUCGUUUUCUCUAUUGCUUUUUUCAUUAAUCCUUCUUGAAAGCGAUUUUAAAAGAUCAAGAUUCUGUUUCUUACUGAUCAAUGUAAUAAAGAACUCCGCAACGAUAAGAGGGAAAAAGAAAUGUCGAUGAUCAAGAAAUAUAAGUGACAAUGGAUUUCUUACGUAAGCAAAUUAUUAAUUAGAUAACACCCAAUUAAUUUAAACGUGUAAUAAAGUACUGCGGUUGAACGUUAAUUGACCGGAGACCUGCCACAAACUUUUCAUGUGACUCUUCUCAUCAUAAAUCACCAUAAUUCUUGACUUCGCGUGCAAAGCAAGACACAAGUGCAGUGAACCUGUGAAAAGUUAAGUUUUAAAAAAAAGAAAAAGGAAAAGGGAAAAAAAAGAACGCGUAUAAGGACACGUGACAGUCGUGACGGUAUCUCAAGAAGAAAACUGUUUAAAAACAAUGAAGAAAUUCGUGGGAUGCAACAUAGGCAUUGACAAGGAGAAACAGUUCUCUAAGCUUCACGGUAAAACACAGUGCCGCGUAUGUAAAUUGUGUAUAAUCGUAUCGUUAAUAAACGCGAACGGGCAGUAACAUUAAACAAAAUGACAUUAAACGAAUGUUACUCAAGAAGAGAAAUCUAUUAACAUCAUGUAAAAUUGUGAGGAGGACACGUUACAAAGAUUUAUACUCAGAAAUGAAUACACUAACUUAAUACACUAGUGCAUUGAAACAGAGAGAAACAUGAGGAAGUGAAUUAUUGUGUAUUCAUACCAAUGGAAUUGUAGGUAAUCAAGAUAGCUCGAAGAUUAAAAAUUGAAAGAAUAAAUUGGCAACACUCGCGAUAAUACAAAAAAAGAGAGAGAGAGAGAGAGAGAAAGAAGGAAAAAAUAAACGACGAAACCAUGUGUUGCUUUGAUAAAUCUGUUGUACAAAUUUCCGAAGCGGAUGGGGUUAAGGAAAAAAACGAAGAUCGACGAAUGACAUACUGAAACGGAUGUCUAAAAAAUGUGAUAUGUAAAAUUCACAACUGGAAUAAUCAAAAUGGAAACUGAAACAUCUAUACAAUUCUAAGAAUCAUUUUUUGCAAUGUAAGUGUACCUCAUAAUACACAUAUAUAGUUCUACAAUUCGUAGAAUAGUGAAUAUUCCGUAUUGUGAAUAAGUGCUGGCUCUAAAUUGCCCGAUGGGGGGGAAGUGCAUAAUAAAACGUAAUAAAGAGUAUAAAAUAUU